AUGACGUCGCCUCAUCACCAUCACUACGCCAUCACCAUCAUCAUCACCAUCAAAAGCAUCAUUACCAUUCGCAUCACCAUGUGGGGGGUCGGUUGGUGGGGUCGCCCACGUGUUCCCCCAAGAGCCUGGUAUAAUCACCACCAUCGUCAUGAGCAUCGUCAUUCUCCUCGCCAUCGUCGUCAUCACCGCUAUCACGACUCGGAGGUCAAGCGGAAAUCCAAGGACUCCGAGGAUGACUCCGAGGCCCAGACGAGUAGCACCAGGGCUUCGCCCGACCCGGACGCAGCAGUGACUGCGGCGAAGAAGGUUGCAGACGAUGGAACUUCUGCUGGUGCCACCGCUGGUGCCGACGACGGCACCAAGGCAGCUGGGAACGGUGAGGAGGACGAGGACGACGACGAUGACGACGGUGAUCUCAUGGAGAUGCCCGAGGGUGGCUUUGCGCUAGUCCAAUGGUGCUUGUCCCUUCCGAUCUAUGUGCCCCUGUAUUACCUCACGCCGCAGCCCACAAGCGAGAACUGGACGUUUCCAAUUCCGAAGUUUUUGUUCUGCUUCGUGAUCUCGCUCCUGUGGAUCGCAAGCUUCGCCUUCCUGCUUGUGUGGUGGGUCGAGAUUCUGGGUGAGGUCAUCGGCGUGCCCGAUAUCAUAAUGGGCUUCACCAUUCUUGCUGCAGGCACGUCUAUCCCUGACGCCGUGUCGUCCAUGGCGGUGGCAAGGAGAACGGCGAGGGCGACAUGGCCGUGUCGUCUUCCAUUGGCUCGAACAUAUUCGACAUCUUGA